CCCCCGGCCGGCGGCUCCGCGCCCGGCUACCGCUGCCCCGAGCCGCAGUGCGCGCUCGCCUUCGCCAAAAAGCACCAGCUCAAGGUGCACCUGCUGACGCACGGCGGCAGCCAGGGCCGGCGCCCCUUCAAGUGCCCCCUGGACGGCUGCGGCUGGGCCUUCACCACCUCCUACAAGCUGAAGCGGCACCUGCAGUCGCACGACAAGCUUCGGCCCUUCGGCUGCCCGGUGGGCGGCUGCGGCAAGAAGUUCACCACCGUGUACAACCUCAAGGCGCACAUGAAGGGCCACGAGCAGGAGAACUUGUUCAAGUGCGAAGUGUGCGCCGAGCGCUUCCCCACGCACGCCAAGCUCAGCUCCCACCAGCGCAGCCACUUCGAGCCCGAGCGGCCCUACAAGUGUGACUUUCCCGGCUGUGAGAAGACAUUCAUCACAGUGAGUGCUCUGUUUUCCCACAACCGGGCCCAUUUCAGGGAACAAGAACUCUUUUCUUGCUCCUUUCCUGGAUGCAGCAAGCAAUAUGACAAAGCCUGUCGUCUGAAAAUUCACCUGAGAAGUCAUACAGGUGAAAGACCUUUUAUUUGUGACUCUGACAGCUGUGGCUGGACCUUCACCAGCAUGUCCAAACUCCUAAGGCACAAAAGGAAGCAUGACGACGACCGGCGGUUCACGUGCCCGGUGGAGGGCUGUGGGAAGUCGUUCACCAGGGCAGAGCAUCUGAAAGGGCACAGCAUCACUCACCUGGGCACCAAACCGUUCACUUGUCCCGUGGAAGGUUGCUGUGCCAGGUUCUCCGCCCGCAGCAGUCUGUACAUUCACUCUAAGAAGCACCUGCAGGAUGCUGGGGCUCCGAGGAGCCGCUGCCCGGUCUCCAGCUGCAACCGCCUGUUCACCUCCAAGCACAGCAUGAAGGCGCAUGUGGUCAGACAGCACAACAGGCGCCCAGAUCUCUUCCCUCAGCUCAGCGCAUCAAGUUCUCUUACACCCAGCAGCGAACUCGGCAGCCCAGGCCAAAGUGAGCUCAACAACAUAGACCUGGCAGCACUCUUCUCCGAUGCACCUGCUGAUGGCGGUGGUGUACCCGGGUCCUCGGAGGAGACGCUGAACCCUGGAAUCCUGACUAUUGAUGUGACUUCUGUGAGCUCCUCUUUGGGGGGGAACCUCCCUGCUAAUAAUAAUUCCCUAGGGCCCGUGGAACCUCUAGUCUUGGUGGCCCAUGGUGACAUUCCUCCAAGCCUGGACAGCCCUCUGGUUCUUGGGACAGCAGCCCCAGUUCUUCAGCAGGGCAGCUUCGGUAUGGACGACGCGCAGCCUGUGAGUGCAGGAGCAUUAGGCUGCCUGGUGGCUCUGCCUGUGAAGAACUUGAGUCAGGACCCACAGACGUUGACCUCCAGCAGUAACUUACCAGCAGACACCACCGCAGUGACCUCUUCAGGUGCGCCCCUGGGAAACGGCAGGGUCCCAGAGAUGCUGGCACCAAUCAAAGUGGAACCAGACUCGCCUCCUCGCACUGAUGCUGUCAGGCUGCAAGAACAAAACAGAGGUGUACCCCGGUCUGUGUUCUCCAGUGCUGCAGAAAAGCACAGUCCUCAGAAAGACUCGGGGCUCAGUGCAGGGACCGGCAGCUUUUACUUGCUGUGUGAAGUUGGGCUGCCUCGCUUCUCUGAGCACAGAUGGUGUGUGGUGAGUGGGUUACAGGAAAGUGGGGGCUCAGCAAGAACUGAUUCCCGAGCCAUUCAACUAGCCAAGAAAAAAAAGCAGAAAGGAACUGGGAGCAAUGCAGGAUCCUCAGGGUCUACUCAGAGGAAAGUAAAGGGUGACAAGGUCAGUCCUGCUCCCUUCCACGCAGGCCAGGGCUCGUGGUUCUGUGGGAACCUCGUGCCAGGUGGAGGUCUGCCGGGACCAGCCCCAGCAACAGGCGUGCCGUGCGUCCAGGUACAAUUACUGCAGGACGACCCUUCAGGUGAAGGAGUCUUGCCACUGGCCUUCAGCCCACAGCCUUCUGCCUUCCACCCCCUGUAUGCUGCUGUCGACGUGCCCAUCUAUGUUCUUCAGGAGGUGCUUCCGGCAGCUGAAGGCGCAGCUGGGCCUGAGGACACACAGCGCACAGGGAGCACCAUCACCCUGCGGGACCUGCCGUGAAGCCGCCAUCUGCCCAGGGACCCGCGGCUGCCGCCUGUGUGCCGAGACUCCUCGGUGCGCGUGCAGGCCGAGGCCAGGCUCCGCUUGGCCCCUGCCCAGGCCAGCCCAGGUCUUCUGCUGGGUACAUUUAGCAAAAGUGUUUGUGUACACUUCAUCAGGACCUGGUUUGGGGCUGUCCUAUUUGAAACUGCUUUUGAUGGAGCAGAGGGCUUCGGUGAGGCAAGGAUCGCGCUCAGAGUGAAGCCUGAGCCUCCGCCUGAGCGAGCACCCCUCCUCCCAUCUGACCUGAGCCGGGGGCGUGUGCGGCGUUUAGCACAGAAGGAGGCGCGCGCACAGCACCCUUGCCCAGUCCGCCUUUACCUGGAGUCAGACCAGAUGAGCUCCCCAGAGUCGGUGUUGCAGCGUUCUGCCCGAGCGCUCUAGAAAAACCACAUUUCCCCAUCCUGAGAGCUGUGUCCCAGCCAUUUUCCAGCCCCUAGAGCGAUGUUUGCAGUUAGCUUGGUUUUACCUCACUGUAGGGCAAGGUGGGCCCUUGGUCACAGGGAAGCCAAAUACUCUCAUGUUCUGGGAGACUGGGUGUAAGCAGCUGAUCGGAGAGGACAGUGGGGUGAAGGGGCGCACCAGAGGCCCUGUUAGCCAGCCCUCUGUGGAGACCAAAUUUAGAGCUCAUAGUUUGAGAAUGCACGAGUUAAAACUUUGCAUUAUUUUUAAUUCUGUAUUUGGGUAUUAAUGUUGAAUAAUAACUUGACGGCAGUUUAUAAUGAAUGUUCUGGAUACUAUAAAUUAUGUGGCGGCUGUAAUAAUGGCGGGGUAUGUUUUGUUGAGGUUGCAGGUGUGCAUAGCCUGUCUCGGUGUGUAUCUGUACGGAGGGAGGUCUGUCUUGCGAGAGGAGGCAAGUUAUUUAUUUGUUCAUUAGCAGACGGAACACAGACGGAAUCACUCAGAUGUGCUUUUUUUUUUCUUUCUUUUGCCUUGUGCCUUUUGAAGAAUGUUUAUUCAAACACUACUUUGGUUCUCAGACUUGAAGUCCUCCAGUCUCUCUCUGUCCUGCUUUCUUCGUUUGCAUUUUUAGACAUUGGCAUUGGGGGUGACCCUAGCACUCAGAGGGAUGCCUCUGUCCUGCCUAGAGGCUCUGUCCCGCCCAGGCUGCUUCUCCCAGAGGAACUCAGGGCCAUUUCUGAAUGGUUCUGUCCCCAGAACUCUGCUGCUUCAGACUAAAGUUCAGUGGUUAAAUUUGCCCACCUGGCACCUCAGUGGAUCCCCAAAGGCCCUCUCUCUGUCAGGCCUGUCUGCCACAGUGGCCUUGGGCCCAGGAGCUGGCGGCCCUGCGCUGUAUUGGAGGGAGGAGGGUCGGCCCCUGGGCGUGCCUGCCUGGAGGUGUGUGGCUGGGCUAUUCUGCACCCCUGGGCAUCCGCCUCUGUGACUGGUACUGGCUGUCAGUUUUCUGGGCAGAGAGCUUCCCUGCUGGCAGUGGGCCCAGCUCCUAGUGCAAAUGAAUAAAAGUUUUGUAUCGUCAUGUGCU